AUGUACGACCGCGCAGAAAGAUUCGGCCGGCUGCGGCCGCCGACGCCGGCGGGCAUCGGCCCCAGUACCUACCUUCUCCCAGAUGCGCUCCAGAUCCACUUCGAGGGCGCAGCUCCCUUCCUGUGUCGGGCAAAGCGGUUUUCCAAGAAGGCGGCCGACAAACUGCCCGGACCGGGAGCCUACGAAAUCGAAUUCAAGGACCACAUAAAGGGUGGAGAGUCGGUGUCGUACCGUUCACCGCGGUUUCGCUACCCACGGCCUGAAAAAGUGGUACCCGUGCACAUACCCGAGAAGCCACCUGCAGUCGGAAAGCUUCAUCGCGGUCGAGUGACGUACACGCUGCUGGGACGACCGCCCUCCAUCCCGCCGAUGCGCGGCUUCUGCGGCUACAGGUGCACCGCCUACGGCCAGGUGGUCGCGCUCAAGGGAGACGUCGGCGACCCCACCAUCUGCGGGGACUGCUGCUCCCAGUGCCGCAAGGCCGGCCACCGCUGCCACUGCCGCGUGGCGGGCGGGCGCGGCGAGUGCUUCACGACGCUCCGCUACAAGGGCUGCUUCUUCUCGCGCCGCACCUCCGUCAGGCAGACGUUCCGGCCGCGCCCGGGGCCCGGCCCUGCCGACUACGACGUCGAGGGGCCCGGACCCUCGCCGGCCGCCGUCGUCGACGAGCGCAUCCGCGAGUGGAAGCGCUUCACCGCCGUCCAGCUGAGGUUCACCGAGGUCAUCCAGCGGCGCGCCGUCCGAGAGGGGUUUCCUGCACCUGGACAUUACGAAGUUCACGUAAAGGAGAAGCGCAAGGCUGGCAAGAAACGCGGAGCUUUCCUCAGAAAUUCAAAGAGGUUCGCGGAACCCACGUCGCGAGCCGUGGGGCCGGACCCGUGCCGCUACAACGUGCGCGGGGACCUGGUGGACCGCAGACCGGGCUCCAUGAUCGCCGCCCCGUUCCUCAGGCUCGCCGAAAGGUUCCCGCCGCCGCCCGUUUCCGUGGUCCCUGGGCCGGGCGCUUACGAGCUGAAGUCGACGCUGGGUGCCGCUGCGGUGAUCAGCCGCCAGAGGUCCCCCGGGGCGCCCUUCGACUCCAGCGCCGCCCGCCGGAUGGGCUUCGAGAAGCCCGAGGCAGAGUUCGAACCGGCGCCCGACGCCUAUCAGCUGCCCACGCCGUCUCCCUUUGGUGGUGGCUACACAUCCUUAUUUAAGUCUACCACUCCGCAGACUACACAGCUCAAGCUAGAGCGCGGGAUUACGGGCCGGCCUCCUCUGUCGAGUAGCCGCUUCCAAAAGCGUACUGCGCCCGCCGCGCUGCGCUACGUCGCCGCGGCGGGCUUUGCUGACUUACGGCGUCUCGUUGUCGAGCGCUGCAACGGGACUCCUUGGCCGGCCAGUCAGGUGGAGACAUCUGUCGAUCCAUUUCCAAUCUAA